CAUCAGAAGAAGUGGAAUAUUCAUCCUGAUGGAUAGAUAGAAAGAUCACACACAGAGAUCCAUGAUGAGUUUAUAUAAUGGAUAAUUCCCAUGAAACACCCUCCAUUAAGGAGCUGGAAAAAAUACUGUUUGGAGGGAAGAAAAGUGGAAAUCAUGUGGAUGAAGUUUGGCCCAACUUGUUCUUGGGUGACAUGUCUGCAGCCAAUGAUCGGUUCAUUCUGUGGAAGCUGGGCAUCACUCACGUCUUAAACGCAGCCCAUGGAAAGAUGCAUUGCCAGGGCAGCCAUGAGUUUUACGGAUCAGCAGUCGAGUACUAUGGAGUCCCAGCAGACGAUUCACCAUCAUUCAACUUGUCUGUUUAUUUCCACCCUUGUGCUAAUUAUAUUCAGAAUGUUCUCAACUAUUCAGGGGCACGGAUUUUGGUUCAUUGUGCUGUGGGAGUGAGUCGCUCCGCUUCUCUGGUUCUGGCAUAUCUCAUGAUCCAUCAGCACUUAUCACUACUGGACGCUAUUAAAACUAUCAAACAACAUCGAUGGAUUUUCCCAAAUCGAGGUUUUCUCAAACAACUACGGGCCCUUGAUGGGACUCUGCGCUGUGUAAAGUGAUUUUAGGAU